CCAGUAUGAUCUCCUGUUAACCUUCUUGUUCAACCAGCAGCAGCAUCAUCUGGAUCACACAUCACUCUUAAACAGUCCCUCGCUUCAUCUCCAUAAACUAGCUAUCAUCAUGGCCUCCUUUUUGCUCAUGCUCGCCGCGGCCGCGUCCAUCGUCAAGGGCUGCGAGAUCCCGACCGAGGAGCUCCCCAACACCAUCACUGAGGAGUUCGCCAUCCAGGUCCAGAACCCUGCUUUCCCCGAGAUCCACAACCGUCUCUACAACAUCUGGUCGUCUGGUGGCGGCGACCAGCACCCGUUCCUUUCGCCCGCUGGCAACUCCACCGAUGAGCUGACUCUUGUCGACGGCGUCAUCACCAUGGCCACCGUCGUCCCGACCAUCCGUGCCGUCAUCAACGGCGAGUACACCGAGACCGACAACACCACCAAGCUGUUCAUGACGGAGCGCGGAGACCCCCGUGCCAUCUUCCACCCCAUCUACAGCUGCAACCCCGACACGGAUGAGCUGCAGACCGAGCUCGCGUUCGUGGCCCGAGCCCUCGAGGGUGAGGCACCUGGCGGCCACAUCUGCGUGCGCUCCGCCUCGGGCGAGAGGCAUGAGUUCCGCUGGUCACCGGCUGGAAACCCCGCCGAGGACCCUGAGCGCCCCUGCAUGCCCGUGAACCUGGUUGUCUACCGCUCUUAAGGGCUUAAUGACCUAAGUCGAUUGGUGGGUCAAGUAUAUACUGCCGAGAAAGGAGGGGAAGGCUAGAUGCCAUAAGUUUGUCAGAUGCGCUGCAAACUUUUUAGGAGUUUUGUAGAUAAAUAAGAUGGAUAUAGCAAUAGGCGUAUGUCUUCUUGAAUAGCAGGGUACCUGUGCUCCAUACA